GAUUCAGUUUUCUCCUUGUGGGUCAUUUUAAGAUUCUCUGAAAAUUAAGCCAAAGUUCGUAUCUUUCUUGGUCUCUCCUCGAUGAGCGAUUUUGAAUAAAGCUUAGAUCUUCAUUUCUGCAAUUCCUCAGUCUGUUGUCGAAUCAAAAAUCGAAAUUACCGUUUCUGCUGUAUUUGAAUUAUUCGUUUUUGUUUUUCACCCUAUUUGAUUUGUUUGGAUGCUGAGACAAUUAGGGGAAAGAUAUGAAUUUUUAUUUGCUUCGUAGAUGUUCCAACGAUGCUAAAGAUUUGAAUUUUGAAGCUUUUUGACUACUCUUAUCGGCUUGAAUCGAGUCUCUGAAAUUGAUUACACGUAGUCUGUUUUCACUUUUCUGAUUGGAAUCUUAAAAUUCAUGCUUUUGGAUGACGUAUUCUCUGAUUAACUCGUGUUCUACUGUCUUUAGCUUGUUCCCUAUUUUAUCUCUACCGAGUUACUCAAAAUUUGAGUCAAAGUUAUUAACUUUUCUAUUGGGUUUUGAACAAACUUUGUAUUGAUGUUGUGAAAACUGCUCGUCUUUAGGAUCAGAAGGAUUGGAAUAGUCUUCUCUGGAGGCAGUUGUCUUCACCAACAGCAGAGACACUGUCUCUUUGAUCUUAUUAUUUAGGGAGAGAAAGAGAGAGGGUCUGAUGUGUGUCUCAAUCUCGCAAGUCUCUAGACUUAGAUUCCAUUCAUUUGGAAGUUCUUGCUGUGAACGUGUUCAUGGCUGGCUCAAGAGCAGCUCAAGCCUGAAGCUGCUUGAUGUUAGAGCUUCUUCGGUUGAUGGUAAAGCCAGAUGGGUCAGACGAAACUUGAGUACAACUACACAAGGUAGUAGAAGCAACAACACCAAGAGCAGUGUGUUGGGAGGAACAAUCCCUGUAACCAGGAUUAUAGAUGAAGAGAGCAGGACCAAGAUACGGCAGCAGCCUUUUGGAAAUCUUCAGCAACGGCUUUCCCAAGACAAAGAUCUGCCUAAACUCCUCACGGUUAUAGUCGCUGAUCUUGAGACAAGCGGCUUGAAUAGAAAGACGGAGCGGAUAAUUGAAAUUGCAGCACAGGAUUUAGCUGGUGGAGAGAACAGCACAUUUCAGACUCUCGUCAACCCGGGGAAUGUUCCUGUAACUAACACACAUAUCCACGGAAUCAGGAAUGAUAUGGUUUGUCGACCCGAGGUUCCAAGGAUGGAAGAGCUGAUACCGAUAUUUCUACGGUAUGUUGAGAGUCGACAGAAGCCUGGAGGCUAUGUUAUGUUAGUUGCACACAAUGGAAAAACAUUUGACUUCCCGUUUCUGAUCAACGAGUUUAACCGUUGUUCUUUUGAGAUUCCUCAUAAUUGGUUGUUACUCGACUCGCUCCCACUCGGUAGAGAGAAUAUGAAAAUUAUAGAGCCAACGGUUAAACCAAAAGCAGGAUUACAAGUUCUUGCAGAACACUAUAGUCUUACAAGGGAGGGUGACGCUCACAGAGCCUUGUCAGAUGUUUUACUCCUAUCUCAGGUGUUCCAGAAGCUCACCAUUGAUCUCAAGCUCUCGAUUUCUGAUCUCGUUCUCCGCUCGCACACCGCAUCCGAUAUCGCGACUGCCAUGGCCAAGAACAAGAAGGCCUGAAACAUUUUAGACAGCUAGCUAAGCUUCUUUUGGGAUAUUCAUCUCUCAUUCUAUUAUCAAAUGUAUUCUCUGCAAUUAUGUAACCAAUUAUUUAAUUUGAUUCUAUAAUGAAAUAUCAAUCAAGCUAAAUAAACAGCUGUGUAACU